AUGGAUCGCUUGCUGGGGAAAUCUAUCUACAUUCCAAACGAGGAUCUUUUGGGCUCAAUUCCUAACGGAAUAACUUUCUUCGAGGGAAUCUCUACAGAAUGCACUAGCAAGAUGGAAAAUCCGACUUUGAUCAAAGGGCAAUCCUUUCACCGAAACACUGAAAUUUUUUUCAAAAGCAUAGCAGCUGAAACAAAUUUGAAAGCUGAAGUAGCAAAAGUUUUCUCCCUUGGUUUUACUUUAGACGCGACAACCAAAAGUGUAAGUGGUAAUAAACGGUCGGUUAGCGGAACAUCUUUGAACAUCGCUAGAAAAGAUUUCGAUCUACAGUUCGCGUCUACCUGCCUUUACGAUACCAAUCUACAAGAUAGAGUGUUGGAAGAUUUCGCAAGUCUCCCAAUUGAGAUAUCCAAGCCAUGGUUCAAAGACUCGUGGAGGGAAUACGAUAUUUUUCUUCACACUCAUGGCUCACACGUAAUCACUGCUGUCACAUACGGUGCGAGUAUUGACCAGUACGCCUUCGGAGAAGAAUCUUCGUCUUACACAGAGAAGCAAUUUACAAUCAAGGCAUGUGCAGCUUUGCCAGGCGAGGCGAUUGGUGCGGCGGGUUUAUCUUUAUCAGCUUGCGCUGGAUUAAGCAAAAACGACAUGAAGGAUAUCACUAAUACAAAAAUGACAACUUCUAUUACAAUAAGAGGGGGGUCGCUCGAGACUCGAAACAGGCUACUUUCUGAUAAAUCAGCUGAUGUUAUCUUUAAAUUCCUCUCAGAAGGUGACACAAAUCCGGCUCCUAUUAGAUACAAACUUACACCAAUCUGGCAGGUUUUAAAUAGCCAGAAACAAGUCAAGCAGUCUAACCUUAACAGGGCUGUCCAAGCUGUUAACCUUCAAUACUACUUUGAUGGAUUCCUUAAUUUUGACUGUCCAUACAUACCUGCAGAUGACCGAGGUCCCUUUCUUCAAUUGUUCAAUUACGCCGAGCACUCUACACCAGAGCGCCCAGUAUUCCAGUGUACUAUUGCACCAGAAGGCUGCCAUAGCGAUAAAGACUGUCAUCGUCGGAUGGGCUGGGGAUGCAAAUGUUACGGUAAAUCGUGUAUACGUCACGAAACCGUGCCUCAGAAUUCUGAAAGCGCAAAACUCACCGCCGUUCGUUAUUAUAAAAAGGAUUGGGACGGCGACAAAACUUGUGGCCGGAAAACUACAGGUGGAAGCUGUAUUUGCAAAAACGAAAGGUUUAGCAGGAAGGUCAUUUUUGACUAA